AUGGUCACCCGAAAGUCAGUCCCCGAGAAUGCGCCCAUAAAUCCCAGUGCUCCUCCUGCAAUCAGUGUCGAAGGCGUGAGGCAGGAGCUGUGGUCUCCUACCGACUCGGACACCGAUGGAGAGAAGAUAUGGGGCGGCGCGGGUGCGAACCAGCAGACCCGUGGCUCACCAGCGCCCGGUGUACAAGAUGUGCCCUCGCCGCUGAGACCCGGGGCUGCGGGGAAGAGCCCCUUCGGCGAAGAAGAAGAAAACCCAUGGGGAGAUGCAUCAGCCGACGGGGGCAAGUCCAAAGUCACGCUCGAGCACACGCCGACGGUCCUGCGGCCAGGCGGGAAGCUCGAGACGAAUCCGUUCAAGCGGAAGCCCGUCAACCGCAGCCCUUCACCCCAGGCGGCCCAGGGCUCCAGAGCUUCGAGUAAUCCAUCUCCAACCCCACCGACUGAAGCAUUUUCCGAGCUGCGAGUGGCCGACUCGGAGCAGAACACAAACCCGUGGAAGCCAGCCAUCGAAGUCCAAGACUCGGGUCAAGGCCCCUCUGUUGCGGUGCCCGUCAGCCACCCGAACGACGCCGAGCCGGACAUCUGGGGUACGGCACCCGCACAUCCUCCACCCUCCCAGUCUACGCCAAAGCCUCCCCUGGUAUCCCUACCUUUAGAUGGAGAAUCGCCUGCGUGGGACGAGUUUAGCCAGGUCAACGGCCCGAAACCGUCUCUGCCGUCCAUGCCGCAAAAGUCAGACGAGGAGCAGGAGUUCUCACAGGAUGCACAUGCUUGGGAUGAUCUCGGUGCUCUGGACAAGGGCAAAGGACCUGCCGCGGCCGUUGCGCAACCACCAGCUCAGGGGACAUCAAACGAUGAGUGGAAUUUGAUUGACCACGAGCCCGCCCCGGCGCCACCAAGUCUCUCAAGACAGAGCACCUGGGAGAAUUUCGUCGACGCUCAGGAUGAGCCUAAGUCGCAGCAACCAAAGGUUCCUCCGGUGACACAGCAUGCUGCACCAGAGGAAGCUUCAGAUGAACCACCAACGUUGCCUCCCCGACAGUCAUUAGAAGUACCUCCCUCCCAACCUCCGCGGCCAAGCACCCCUAGCGCGGCCAAUAAGACGGAAACUUAUCAAAUCAAGAAUAUCAACUGGUAUGAUGCGUCUACUGGGCAGAACCCCCGAAGGUCGCCGAUCCUCGUACAGAACGCCAAUGGUCCCUGUCCCUUGGUCGCGCUUGUCAAUGCUUUGACGUUGACCACUCCCGCCGACUUGACCAAUACAGUACUGGUGGAGACGCUACGGUCCAGGGAGCAGAUCAGCCUUACCCUGCUUCUCGAAGCCGUCUUUGAUGAGCUCAUGUCUCCGAGGAGAACGAAGUCUGAUGCUUCACUUCCCGACGUCACUGAACUUUACGCAUUCCUCAAGGGCCUUCACACCGGCAUGAAUGUCAACCCCCGCUACGUGCCAACGCCUGAGUUGAUCACUGCUCACAAACGCACAUCGUUGACACACGUACACCCAUCGGAGCGCGGCGAUUGCAUACCAGGCACCUUUGAAGACACCAGGGACAUGAAGCUUUACGCAACGUUCUCGGUUCCCCUCAUUCACGGUUGGCUCCCACCCAAGGAUGAUCCAGCCUAUGAGGCUUUCAACAGACAGGCUUCAUCCUACGACGAGGCCCAGAAUCUGAUGUUCAGGGAAGAGGAGCUGGAGGAUAAACUCAGCAAUUCCGACACGGGUCUUACAGAACAAGAACAGCAGAUGUAUCAGGACAUACUGACCAUCAAGUCAUGGCUCAACGUAUCCGCGACGCAACUUACCCCUUGGGGGUUGGAAGUGGUCACGAAAGCGAUUCCGCCUGGCACUUUCUCCAUUCUCUUCCGAAACGAUCACUUCUCUACGCUCUACCGCCAUCCCCAAACCCUACAACUAUUUACACUCGUGACCGACGCUGGCUACUACACGCAUGACGAGAUCGUCUGGGAAUCUCUUGUUGACGUCAACGGAGAGCGGACUGAAUUCCUCUCUGGUGACUUCAGGCUCGUUGGCGGUCCACAGCAUGGACAAUCUCAAAGUACUCCUAGGUCGUGGUACGCCGACGGCGAGUCUUCAAAUGCACAAGGUGGGGAAUGGCAAACUGUCCAGAGUCGUCGAGGGGGCAGAAAUCAAAGCAGCCAGUCUGAGCCACCCGCAUCGCCCAUGUCGGCCAACCACGAACAAGAAGACCGUGACCUUGCCCUCGCACUCCAAUUGCAAGAAGAGGAGGACGAACGCCAUAGGUCAGAGCAAGAGGCCCGCCGGAGAGAAAGUCAGUUAUCAGAACAGUUCAUAGAACAGCAAGGACGCGGCGGUACAGCACGCACUGGCCCCUCGACUCGCGGGCGCGGCGCUUCUAGGGGAGGCAUGGGCUCCGCUCGCGGCAGCUCAACCUCUGUGAACAUCCCAGUCCGCGGAGCUAGUAACGCUGCCCGCGGCGGUGCUCGACCUGUCACGCAACACGUACGGCCUCUCGUUCCCCCAGCUGCAUCAACAACGCACCGACCUGGAAAUAAUGAAGAGGACGAUGCACCACCCAGCUACGAACAAGCUAGCAAGGCAACGCCGUACAACCCACCAGCGGGCCAUCCGAAUCAUCCUUCGAGCACCCCUGGCAGUGCGAGUACUGCGAGAAGACGGCCGACAUUGCCUUCCGUUACCCCCAGCAGCUCCGGGCAGGCUGGGCCCGGCACUCCAGUGGGUAGAGGUCGUCCGGUCCCCGUGGCCCAGAACAGCAUGUCUGGCGGGCAGAGGGAUAGGGACUGUGCCGUCAUGUAG